AUGUCGUCAAGCUUAUUGAUGAGAGUGCUAGCUUCUAUGUUCGUGGAAGGGCAGAACCGGCUCGUGGAGAAGGUUGUUGGUAAGACGAUGCAGGAGACUAAAGAGUGGUCGGAGGAUGAAGUGAAUAACUGGAGUAAGACUGUCAAGAAGAAAAGCAAGUGGCAGGAGGACGUUUGGGGGUGA